AUGGCGGCGGUCGUGGUUGUGGGUGUGGUGAAGGCUAAGACAACACCAGCAAUGGCUUCUUCAGCUCUUUUACAACUUUACUCUCUUUUACUUCUUUUUCCUCUCUUUCCAGUUGUUUUUGCCAUCAACAAAUCUAACUGUAAUGUUGAAUUGGGCAAAAAUUUGUCAGUAGGAAAUGACAUUAAUUGGCCUUCACAAUCUAGUGAUUUUGCCUUUGGAUUUCAACGAGUCGAAAAAUCUAACGAUGGAAAUAUGUUGUUCCUGCUAGCCAUAUGGUUCGACAAAAUACCAAAUAAGACUAUAGUUUGGUCAGCUAAUGAUGGUGUUCCAACAAGGGAAGGAUCAAUAGUUAAACUGACCAAAGAUGGGGGGCUUCAACUCUUUGACCCCGAAGACAACGUCAUAUGGAACGCUACAACCAACGUUGCAGGAUCGAAAUCCAAUUGUGCUGCUAUGCUUGAUACGGGGAACUUUGUAGUUCUAAACGAAGAUUCUAUUAUAUGGGAGAGUUUCCAAGACCAACGUGACACAAUCUUGCCAGGACAAAAAUUGGCCAACGAAGGGAAGCUUUGGUCUCGCUUGUCAGAGACAAAUUACACUGAUGGACGAUUCCUGCUUCAUAUGCAGGGCGAUGGCAAUCUUGUGAUGUACACUGUAUCGAUGCCAACCGGAGACAAGAACGGGGCUUAUUGGGCUAGUGGAACUUUGCAAGCUAAUUCCAAAGCUCAAUUGAUCUUUUGCUGA